CGCCUCCAGGAUACUCAGCCGGCGUCGCAAACUUUUCGAAUAGCGCUCGAACGAGCGGUUGUGUUCUCUCCUGCGAUCCAUCAUGCGCUGUAAUGUCGCACAACAAGGAUUUAAUCAGGCCCAAGUCGUUUCUGCGAAAUGAGAUCGCAGAACUGAUCGAAAACAGCUGUAGCCGCCGAGCGCGCGCGCGUCUUCGCGGGACUUCGCAGUAUUUUUCCUGAUGCCGCGGAGUCGUCGAUAUCCUAACCUCUAAAUCGCAAAGUGCUUCGCAACAUUGCGUAUUUGUUAUUUAUUUGUCUCUUGAUGUUAAGGAUUUAAAAAAUUCUCAACUAUGUUUGAGGCGCACAGUAUCAAUGCGGAACACAAAGACUUGAUUCACGAUAUUGCUUAUGACUUCUACGGGCAACGCAUGGCCACAUGUUCCAGUGACCAAUUUGUAAAGGUCUGGGACGAAGAUGAGCAUGAAAAUUGGCAUUUGACGGCAUCAUGGAAGGCACACAGUGGAUCUGUGUGGAAAGUUACAUGGGCACAUCCUGAAUUUGGCCAGGUUCUAGCUACUUGUUCAUUCGAUCGCACGGCAGCAGUAUGGGAAGAAAUUGUUGGCGAAGGAUCGGGUCCUGGUGAAAGAGGAAUGAGACACUGGAUUCGUAGAACAAACUUGGUUGAUUCCAGAACAUCAGUUACGGAUGUCAAAUUCGCCCCAAAGACUUUGGGACUUUUAUUAGCAACUUGCAGUGCCGACGGUGUUAUAAGGAUAUAUGAAGCACCUGACGUUAUGAACUUAAGUCAAUGGACUUUGCAACAUGAUAUCAGUUGUAAACUUGCCUGCAGUUGUUUAGCAUGGAACCCAUCUCUUUCUAGGCUUCAUCCACCCAUGAUUGCAGUGGGUAGUGAUGAUACUAAUUCAUCUAACGGAGGAAAAGUAUUCAUAUAUGAAUAUGCAGAAAAUAGCAGGCGUUGGGCUAAGACUGAAACAAUCUCUACUGUCACAGAUGCAGUUCACGACAUUGCAUUUGCACCUAAUUUAGGACGAAGUUACCAUACACUAGCUGUAGCAACUAAAGAUGUCAGAAUAUUGUCAAUAAAACCGACGCCGGAAUCUGCACAGAGUGGAUUAUCAAGAUUUGAGAUAACUACGAUAGCACAAUUUGAUGAUCACUACUGCACAGUUUGGCGGGUUUGUUGGAAUAUAAUGGGAACAAUACUUGCAAGUUCUGGGGAUGAUGGCUGCGUGAGGUUAUGGAAAGAUAAUUACAUCAACAACUGGAAAUGUGUUGCUGUAUUGAAAGGUGAUGGAACCUCUGCUGCUCAAACUGCAGAUACUGUCAUGUCAACUCCACCAAAUUCUAGCUUAGGAGUUCAACAGCCACUUUCGACCACAAGAUCCAUUAAUAUCCCCACAAUAAAUAUGGAGUCAGAUAAAGCUCUUAAUACAGCUAUGUCUUCAAGCAAAUGGCAAGCUCCAGUAAUUAAAGGUCGUUUCAGUAAAUCAGUGUGGCUAGGAAACCCCAGUGAAGUUACUCCAGAACCUCCUACAGCAAUUCUGGUUAGACCAAGAUGUAAAAAAUAAGAUUAAAUUUGAAAAGGCGAUUAAAAUGUGAUACUUCCUAAAUAACAAUUAGAAUUUAGGUAUAGCCAAUUGACUAUUAAUGGAAUCUCAGUUAUGACGCAUUUAUAUUUAUUUUUUUUAUUAGUAAGAUAAAAGAUAUUAUUUUUGGUUUUAUUUUGUGCUAAAAUUUUGUUCUUCUUAGCACCACAUUAUUAAAAGUACUUAAUGGUUUGUAAGUACGUCAAAUGUAUUAGAUAAACACGUUUGUUGAUAUUAAAUUUUCAGACUUAGGUUUACUUUAGUAAGUUCAUCAGAAUAGUUCCUACAUACGAGGGAAUAGAGCUGUUACGAUGUGCCUUUGUGCAUGUAUAUCAAAAAGGGCGACAAAACAAUCAUUUAUCAUUGCAUUUUGAUCAAUGCAAAAAUCUCAAUAAAGUUAGUUUAUAAAUAAAAAGCACGACUUUCA